AUGGAAUGUCCAAUGUGUUGGGAAUUGUACGCCCAAAAUAGAGUGGCAAGAAAUCUACUUUGUGGUCAUACUUACUGUUCCAUAUGUCUUGAAUCAAUCUAUAAUGUAAAUAAGAGAAUAGAAUGUCCUCUUUGCAGAACAAAGCAUGAACCGCAUGUAAAACCACAUUUAUUGAGCAAAAAUUAUGUGGCUAUGGAUUUGGCUUCCAAGCAUUUGGAAGUAUAGUAAAUUAAUAGCAUAAUAAUUAGAAAAAAAUUCGAAUUAUGUCCAAUUCAUACAAAACUUCCUUUAUAAUUUUUUUGUGAGGAUGAUUAAACGAAUAUGUGCACUGAAUGUAUUGCAGAACAUUAUGGUCAUAAGUUUUUCAAAUAUGAGCAUUCGGUUUCUUUAUAAUAAAAUCGAUUAGGAAAGAUCUAAUCGAAAUUAAAAACCCAAUAUGAGAUUUUGGAAAAGCAGGUAAAAGGGUUUGAUAAUUGCAAAGAACAAUUGCAAUUGGAAAACGUGAAAUUGAUGCAAUAAUUAGAAGAACAAUUUGAUCGAUUAAUAAAGAAGGUCGAACAAAGAAAACAAGAAUUGAGAGAUUAACAACUCAAAAUAUUUAAUACUGAAUGUGAAUAGAUAGAUUAAGAACUAGCAUUUAAUUAAUCUUUACUGACAAAUAUGGCAAGUUUAACAACAAAAUUAGAUUAAAAAUAAGGAGAACUAAAGGGAGUUAAAGCUCUAAAAAGUAAUGAUCUCAUAAAAGAAAUCGAUGAUCUAGAAGAGUAAGUAGAUAGAGAUGUUGCUUAACAAAAGUAAUUGAAGAUUAGUGAGAUUAAGAAGUUGCCAAAAUUGGUUUUUGAUUAAAAAUUAAUUAAUGAAAUCUCAAAGUUUGGAUAAUUCAAAAAAGAUGUCUCCAAUCCAUAAAUAUGUUUCUUCGGAGAUAAACACAAAAUAUUAAUUUACAAUAUUGAAAAUAAUGAAUGGACUUUUAAACAAAUGCCAAAUAAUACAUUAGAAUAUAAUUAUUAUGCGGCAGCUGUCAGUCUGCCAAGUGGUGAUAUCAUCAUAACAGGAGGUGGAGUCAGUAGAAAUACAAUGUUAAUAUCUCCAUCUAAAGGCUUUCAAUCAUAAGCAUUAAAAAGUAUGUACUUUCCAAGAAAAGAGCAUGCUUGUGUGUAUCUUGAUGGUUUUGUAUAUGCUAUAGGAGGAUAUGAUGGAUCUGCUAAGCAAAUGUUAUCCUGUUGUGAAAAGUAUAGUUUGGCUUCAGAUGAAUGGAAAAUAAUUGAUCCUUUAUAAAAACAAAAGUGUGCCUUUGCAGCAGCAGCAGCUAUUAAUAAAUAUAUAUAUGUAUUUGGAGGUUUUGAUGGAAGAGAGAGAUUGAACACAAUUGAAAGAUAUUCAGUAAAAGAAAAUCAGUGGAAAGUUUUAGAUGUUAAAUUUAAACAAGGAUUUAGUAAUGCUGCUGCUAUCUCAUAUGACGAUAAUAAGAUUCUUAUUUUAGGAGGAGGAUCAAAUCAAGGAUUUUCUUAUGAUUUACAAGUUUAUGAUGUUAAUGAAUAAGUAGUUAAGACUUUGAGCAGAAUGAAUGAAGGAAGAGAUUUGAGGAACAAAUUGGUUAUUUUUGAUAAUAAUCUGUUUGCUUGUGGAGGCAAUAACCAAUCCAUCGAAAAAUACUCAUUAAGCUAAUAAGUUUGGGUGAAUUUAAAAAGUUACGAUCAAUUGGUUCAAGAUAAUUUGGAUUCAUGGUGCAGUGCUUUGACUUUUGAAUUAAAUAGUUCUAACUCUAUUUCAAAUCUAUUAAAGCAUAAUUAAUAAAAAUAACAACAAUACUAAAAAUAUAAAUUUGAAGAUUAAAUGUCUUUUGAAAAUGAUUCAUUUAAUCAAGAUGCUUAAAGUGAAGAACUAGAUGAUUUAGAAGAUUAUGCAUACAACUAAUAGGCUGGGGGAUUAUUUUAAAUUUGA